AUGGUUUUGUAUGGUUUCGGGUCUAAUGGCUCGGGGCAACUGGGCAUUGGAAACACGGUCGAUCAAUCUACGCCUCAAAGAUGUUGGCUCAAUUCAGAGCUGCCAGGAUCACCAAUGACGAUCGCAGCAGGAGGAAACCAUACUUUGGUGCUAUAUGAUGAGGGGACCGUGUAUUCUGCGGGUUCAUCUCGGGACGCAAAGUUGCAUUCACGCUCGUCAAUGAGCUCAAUGCCCAUCUUCCAGACGACAUACGUAUCAGUCUUGGGCAACAAAGUGAAGUUAUGCUCAGCCUUGUGGGAUGGUUCAAUCUUCGUGAACUCGGAGAAUGAAGUGUAUACAGCCGCUUUAGGCUCAAAAGGUGAACAGGGUACAGGUGGGAUAUCAGGUUCCAUGGCACUGCAAAUCCUUCCAAACUUCCCUCCAGUCCAUCAGUGGUCAAAGAUAGUGGAUGUUGCUUGUGGCGUUGACCACGCAGUGGUUGUCUUGAAUGACGGUAUAGUCUAUGGCUGGGGAAAUGGCCGCAAAGGCCAACUGAGUUAUCCAGAGGAGAUUGUUUGCACACCACGAAGACUUGCAGGUGUGGGCUUUAAGGUUGUUCGCGCUGUCUGCGGAAGAGACUUCACUUACCUAGUGGGAGAGCAAUCAAGUGGGCAACAUACGGUUCUGGGCUCGAGCAAAUGGGAAAUCCAAUCUCAAGCACCGGCUUUGGUUCCUGAUUGGAAAGACAUAGGGGCCAGCUGGGGUAGUAUUUUCGUCUUGGAAGGAUCUGGGAAGAUCAGAUCUUGGGGCCGCAAUGACCACGGCCAGCUCGCCCCGCCUGGCCUACCGCAUAUCGAGAAGAUCGCCGUGGGGAGUGAGCAUGUGAUCGCGUUGACGAAGGAGGGGAAGGUCAUCAGCUGGGGUUGGGGUGAGCACGGCAAUUGCGGUUCCGGCACAGAUGAAAGUGGGGAUGUUAAGGGAAAGUGGAACGAGAUCCUAGACACUAAUUCGGAUCAUUCCAUGAGAGUGAUUGGGGUUGGAGCUGGGUGUGCCACAAGUUUUUUCUGGGCAGAAGAUCCCGAGUCUUGA